CCAUGGCACCACGCGACAUUCCGUAGGCCAGCUCCAGCACUCCACAUUGUCUACAUGGGGGCCAUAUGAGCUCUCGGGCCAUAUAUAGCACUGGCCGCUGUGCUCUGCGCUUUGGACACUAGUGCUCCUCUCCACCAUCUCUGUUCACCGCACGCGUUUGCAGAAGCCGGCAGCGGCGAGGAAGACGACGGCGAUGACGACCACGGGGAGGCCCUUCAAGGUCCCUGAGAUGGCGCUGAGGGUGUGCGUGAUCCCCCUCGCCGUGGCCUCCCUCUGGCGGAUGGCCACCAACAGGCAAGCCGAUGACGCCUACGGCGAGAUCCACUUCUCCAACCUCUCCGGCUUCAAAUAUUUGGUUGUCAUCAACGCCAUUACAGCUGCUUACUCCGUGGUCUCCAUCUUGCUGUCUUCCUUCAAAUCCCUCGCUCGCUACGACUGGCUUGUUUUCGUCCUGGAUCAGGCGGCUGCUUACCUGCUGCUUACGUCGUGCUCGGCGGCGGCGGAGGUGGUGUACCUGGCGCGCGAGGGCGACCGGGAGGUGUCGUGGGGCGAGGUGUGCUCCUACUUCGGCCGCUUCUGCGGCAGGGCCACCGUGUCCGUGGCGCUGCAGGCCGGUGCGCUGCUCUGCUUCGUCGUGCUCUCCCUCGUCUCCGCCUUCAGGGUCUUCAGCAGGUUCGAUGCCCCCGGCGCCGACGUUGAUUGCUCGGAGUCUGAAUCCAAGCAGGUAGACGAGCAACGGAAGUACUAGAUGAUGAUCCAUGAAAUGAAGAACAGCCACACUAACACUUGGGCUUAGCGUUGCUCUUUACUGAUGGCGAUGUGUUCUCAGUUUUUUUCUUGUGUUUACAGAUUCAGGAAGUGUGGAAUGCUGUGAAAUAAUUUACUGUAGAACCUCUGUAGCGUGAGAGUCUGAAACCUCUGAAAGAAACGAGACUGAAACCAA